AAGUUCACUUACGUUCACAGCAGCAGAAAAAUCGCUUUCAACUGAUUCGAUUGAAGAAAGUUCCAACCUGGCAUUAAACUGUAUUUUCAAGUGGACGUUCCCGUAGCUAAAUUCUCGAAAUAAGUUAAUGUUGGUUAGUGUACUCUGUUUGUUUUUAUGCAUUUCAUUUCAAGAAGCGAAUUUACGGUACUCGUCGUCUGUUUCUCGUACGUGCGGAUGUGCUAUUGCUGAAGAAAAACUGCAAUUCAUUUGACCUAGAGUUAUCGAAUUUCACAUCGGGACGAAAUACAUCCAAUAUACUCAAGCGGCUACUUCAUCUAUUCGGCACCUGACUGUUUCGGCGUCAACAGAGAACCUUGUUAAACGGGCAGUAAUGGAAAGAGUAUAUCCUGCAUAAUCUAUUCGUAAUAACAAUACGCCAAUAAUCAGCAAAGCAUUGGCUAAAACACAAAAAAUGGCUGCGCCUUUUUCUAAUAUGUCAUUCUCUAAUAACAACAAUAACAACAAUGACGGUUGGGGAGAUAAUUGGGGUGAUUGGGCAGAUACAUCGAUUACGCAAGCAAAAUCGAUACUACCCUCGCAGCCGCCAGCAGGCCACAACCAAACAUACUUUCAACCCCAACAACAGUAUCCUUCCCAGCAUAUGGAUCAGAGCAACCGAAAUUUCAUGCCUGGCACUGGACAAGGAAACCAGCAGCCUAUGACUUAUCAGAAUUACACCGGUCCUUCCCCAUCGAUGCAACAACAACAUUUUCAGCCCCCUUUUCAACAACAGCCGUAUCAUCCUCAACAAUAUGGUCAGACUUCAACCCAAACAGGCUAUUUCAAUCAAGCACCUUCUCCGAGAGUUUCGUCCUAUCCUUCUGCUUCAACGCCACAGCAAUUGCAAAGUCAACCAACGAACCAAGCAUACAAUCAAACUAUUUCCGAUAGCUUCAAUACCAGCAACAGUGACAGCUGGGAUUGGAGUGUUCCGGAAAAUCAUCCAGCAUCGAACACCAUAACGCAACCGACCGUUGAGUCCUCUAUCCAACAAAAUGCACUCCGGGAUAACUACAGUCAAAGUUAUUCGCAAAACGUCUCUUCUAAUACCUUCAGUUUACCUGGUGGCGCAAAUAAUACUCAGCAGCAACCACUACAGCAACAGCAGGUGCAACCUUCUAAGGUUCAGGCCGCUCAAAUAACUCGUCUUAAAAAUGAAACACUUUCACCGCAGUGGUCCAUCGAAAGUCAAGUUUCGCAAACGUCUAGCGAUCGAUCGAUUGAAAGCGGAGAAAUUGCAGAGAGCAGAAGUUCCAAUACCUUGCCAUCGGACGACGCAUCAUCCGGUAGGCAGCAUACUUUCCCGCAGCAGAUAGAAAAUUACGAAAACAUUGGUUCUUAUGGUGGGCAAUAUUCCGCUCAAGCUACAGAAGUUCCGGAUAAACUAGACGAAACACUAAGUUCUCUAAGUAUCAAGCAAGAAGCAGUGCAAGAAGAGAAACAAGCAGAUACGUAUAGAGAAUCGUCUUUCCCACCACCUCCACCAUCAAUCGCGAGUAAUCAACAAACGGAUGGCAUUAUAUUGCCACCUCCAAAAGCUUCAUCAAAAACACCACCUUUACCGCCGCCUCCGACUGAAGUCGGACCACCUCCGGCAGCUUUAAAAGGGCAAACCAGUAAUCCGUUUAAGCGGGUAGGCCAACGUCCACAUGUUUCAACACCCGGUUUAGUUUCCAAACCUUCUGUGCCAGCAAAUCCGAACUAUUUUCAUCCAAACCCUUCGCACGAUAUUGCAGCUAACGUUGAAAAUCUUACCCCAGAAAAUCAAGAAAUUCCCGAUUCUCGCGAGGAUAAUGUCGAAAAUUUGGAAAUAGCUCCAAGUAACGAUCGCAAUCAGUAUUUGCAAACAGGUCAUUUAUCGGAGGAGGGGUAUACCGGUCCUCAGCCAGCAUCGAUUCGGCCAAAUGAGCAGCAACAAUGUGAGGAUAGUCUUCCACCGCCGGGUCUCUCACGCUAUGUCCCCGGUCAACAGCAAUCGGAAAUCAAUGCCUCGCAAACCAGUCAAAAUUUUCCGGAGCCUCCUCCUGGGCUUGAUCGUAUGAUACCUGGAACUGAUCUCGAAAAUGCAACCGAUAUGAAUAUGGACCGUCAAAUCGAUGGCGAAGUGUCAGAUUCCGCUUCGAAUACUAUGACACGUUCUAACAACUUUCAAACUGUGUCUUCAUCUCAACACCACGACCACCACCAUCAUCACCAUCACCAUCGGCAAGAAGAAAUUAGUGAUCGAAAUUUGUAUUUAGUCCCUGGGGAGAGUGACACUCAUCAUAACCAACAACGUUUUAUCCCAGGUGUGGAAGACGAUCGAUCCACACAAAUGAGUAUGGGCAGUAGCAGUUAUGUUGCUCAACAUCAACCUGCUGGGGACAGCGCAGUAAACGAGGAACAACGUGAGCUAGUGAUGGACGGUGAAAAUCCUCACGAUCCACCUCAGCAACAACCCAUUCAUAUUGACAUUAGUCGCGAUGGGCCUAUCGAAGGUGGUAACACUAGAGAUGAACCCGUUAAUGCCAUGACCGUUGGUGCAACUGCCAUUGGAAUGGUAGAAACAGACUCCAACCUCGCAUUAGAUACAGCGCGUCGAAAUCCGUCCAAUACAUCAACCGCGGACGAAAGCGAGAAAGAUCGGUCGAUGUUUUAUGGCAAGGGAAAGCUCUCGCGCCGCGAUGAGGAUCCUUUGCGCCGCUCGAACAAGAGCAAGAGUUCCCGAGAUCGUUACGAUACGGAAGAUUCGGACUAUAGUGAUCGUGAAAGAAGACGGCACGAAAGAGAGGGAAGUGGUGCUAGGGAUGGCCAACCCAGGGAUCGUAGAAGGGCCGAUCGAGACGGCGAUAAAGAAAGAAGAAAAGAAGGUGUACGUGAACGGGAUAAAGAUCGGGAAUACGAUCAUCGAAAUAGAGAUCGAAAUAGAUAUGACCGAGAUCACGAUCGCGAACGUGAACGCUACCGGCGAGGUGAUAAGCAUGAUCGUGAUUCUCGUUACGAAACCGAUGGAUCCAAAUAUGAAACUGAACGAUCAAUGCGAUACGAAAAGGAGGGAGAUAGCAGCAAACGUUAUAUGUCCCGAGAAGAAUACUACAGGAAACGAGAGGAGCGGGGUGGAGAUGACCGUCGUUAUCGCAAAGAGAAAGAGCGCGAUCGAGGAGAUCGCUACAGAGAUGAUAGAAAAAGAGAUGAUCGCUACCGUGAAGGCGGAGAUAAGCGACGCGAUCGUCAUGACCGACGAUAUGAUUACGAGGACUAUCGCACAGGUAGCCGUAACGGUACUGAUCGGGACCGAGACCGUGAGCGUGAUCGUAUGCGUGACAGUCGAGAACGCGAUGAGCGCAAAGAACGCAAAUAUCCCCAGGCAGGAGUGAAUGGUGCUGCGCCGUAUGGUGCUACCGGGUAUUAUGACCCGUACAGCUAUUAUACACAGCAUCAGCAGUACUAUGAGCAAUUGCGUCGUACCAAUCCGCAAGCAUAUGCCGAAUGGUAUCGUACUUACUACAGUCAAAUCCAGUCGGCUCAAAUGCAACGAGAUUUACUAACAAGCGACGGUCGCGAAUCAGUACAUUCGGGACGCAGUUCAACUAACGAUAAGGAACGGUUGAAUCGCACGACACCGUUUCUCCAUCAGCCCAGCAUUUAUAAUGUGGAAGAGUAUCAUCGUCAUUAUAACAAUCAAUCGCAACCAUCUGGAAUGCUCGAUCAGAGUUUCCUUUCUGAAGUGUCUGGUAUUCCGGCAACGCUGCCACCGUAUCAUCACCAACACACCAUGGCAUUCCAACAGCAGCAGCAGCAGCAACAAAAUCAACGAGCUACGCCGCUGGCAUUGGACAGGUCUUACCAUGUCGAUGGGGGAUUUUACCAGCCAAGAUUGGAUAACACUGAUGGCUCACUGCGACAGGAACCUGCUACAAUGGAGAUAAUGGAACCGGAACGUUUGACUCCCCGAAAAUUCCCGGAAAUACAUUCUAUUGUCAGCAUCUCAUGCGGGCUAUUGGUCACAGCGAAGAAUCGACUAACCAUCAAUGGAACAACCGAUUUGGUGAAAAUUCUUAGCUUAGGUGCUCACGAACCAACACGAAAACUUUUUCAAUCCUAUCCGGGUCCACUAACAAAAGACAAAACGCAUAAAAAAUCUGUAAUUGAGUUCUGUGAAGAGCAAUUGCGCUGUGGACCACCUCCGACCGCUGGUCAAGCGCUGGUUAAAUCUCGAGGCAACUCGGUCAAUAGCCUUCACUCUUUGGGGUCUAGUGUAAAUCGUGGGUCAUUCGCCCUACUUUGGGGUUACAUUAUUCUUCUGUUGAGACAAAAUGGGACAUUCGUUGGAACAGAUAUUUCUGAAUUGCUCAUGAAUAACAAGCGUGAAUUUCCAUUCGAUUCGCAACAAAACAGUGCACGAUCGACGAACAUCAGUGGUAGAAAUUCUUCCUUAUCUGCAACUGACCGUAAGCCACGUGAAGGUGAUGGCGAAAGACGUUUCGAUGAUGACGAAACAGAGGAUAAUGCAGAGAAUCUUUCCGGAGAUACCGAUCGAAUGCCUUUGAUCGAGAAAAAAGAACAUCUAAGUGAGUCUGAGAUCACGGAUAAAUUCCGAAGUUAUUUGAUUUACGGUAAUAUUACCGACGCAUUAGAGUGGGCCACCGAAAGCAAUCUGUGGGGACAUGCUUUGUUUCUUGCUUCCAAAGUUGACUCACGGCAGCAUGCUAACGUUAUGAUGAAGUUCGCUAACAAGCUUACGUUAAAUGAUCCACUUCAGACGCUGUAUCAAUUGCUUAGUGGGCGAACGCCUUCGGCAGUAACUUGUGUGCAAGAUGAAAAGUGGGGUGACUGGCGACCGCAUCUGGCCAUGCUGGUAUCGAAUAGUUCCGCCAAACCGGAGCUUAUUAAAAAGUCAAUAACAACGCUGGGCGAUUCUCUGUACAAUCGAGGUGAUCUGUAUGCGGCACACUUCUGCUAUUUACUAUCAGAUGUGGCUUUUGGAAGGUUUUCGGAUGUGAAACAGGAUGCUGGCGUCACCAUAACUGCUACUACGGCUGUUCGCUUGGUUUUGCUAGGAUCUUCUCAUCUGCAGCGAAGCUUUAAAGAAUUCUCAACCAAUGAAUCGAUCAUGAUGACGGAAAUUUACGAAUACGCACGGUCACUGAAUGAGGAACGUUACACGAUCGUUGAGUUACAGUACUACAAAUAUUUACUAGCAUGUCGAAUGUUGGAUCACGGAAUGCAGCUUAAAUGUCUACUUUACAUGGAACAAAUUGCUGAACAAAUUCAAAAUGAUCCUUACCGCUUCGAUGCUGAGUUUAUCAAAAAGGUUUACACACUGGGCGACCGACUUAAGUAUUACGACCCUGUACUUGAGAAAGCGUUGGAUGAAUCGGUUGACAACACUGGUCGCGGCAAUAUUUAUACAAAUGUAGAAGAUCCUACCUGGUUGCGGCAAUUAUGCGCAAUAUUAAAUAAUUAUAAUACUGCAGAUGCAUGCAACUAUAGGAACAAGCCGGUAACAGAAGUACCUCAUGAAUACAGUACUGAACAGUACGGUAAUUACACGGGUUACACAGAACCUCAACAGCAGGUACAACCUAUAGGACAGGAACAGUCGUACGGAUUGGAACAGUUAGAUAUAAACAAACAGUUUACAGAGAUAAACCAACAGCUUGGGCAGUUGAACCUGCAGUACACCGAAGGAUUUGAUCAAAGGCACACUCCCAAUCAUCAUCAGUAUGAUCAUCAAACCGCUGCUCCCAGUUAUGAUCAGGGAUAUGACUCGAUCAACCAUUCGUCACUAUUAGACGAUGGUCAACCUAAACAAGUGAUGGAACAGCAGCAUCAACCGCAUCCCUAUGGUUACGACGGUUCAUCCGGGCAACCGGGAAUGUUCGUACCCACUCCUGUAGCCAACCAGGAAGCUCAACAACACGCCAAUCCUUAUGACUAUUGGGGACCGAACGCCGAGCCGGGUUCAAACCUAUCCGCGUCCGCGCUUGUUAAAAGAGGUGCCUCACCAGCACGUUCGAUCACACCUAUUGGAACUACACAAGACACUGAGGACAAAUCUUGUGAUAUACCUUACAGUCUGUCACCGCCCCCCGAUGGCAACAGUAACGUUCCAUAUGAAACACAUGCCACUCUACCGUAUGGCUAUAAUGCCGAAGCUUCUUCUGUUCCGGGCGGUGGUGAUCCGUUCACCUACAUGCCAAAACCUUCCAUAUCGAUGCCUAAUGCAGUUUCUAACCGACCUGGGUUCAGCAACGAAGACAGCAAAUUAUCACCCAAGCAUGGAUCAAACCAAAUGCAAAAUCAAUCGCAGCCUACUACUGCUGGACAGACGAAAAUGGGUAACGAGCAAGCCAAAAAGGAUCCACCGGGCAAGGAAAAUAAAGCGUUGGGUAACAAUCAGAGCAACAAUUCCGGCUGGUUCGGUGGAAUUUGGAACAAAUUCUCUUUAAAGCCAAAAAACCAAAUGAUUCUUCCGGACGACAAAAACCCAACGAUCGUAUGGGACCCUGAAACAAAACGGUGGGUGAACACAGAAUCAGAUGCCACUGAAGAAGAGGCUUUCAAACCUCCUCCGAAAAUGUCCGAUAUAAUGCCGAAUACUGUUCUGCCACCAACAAAUCAAAGUCCAGUUCCGGUUGAAGUUGCGCCGGUACCGGUACAAGUACCCUCAAACACAGGUUACGGAUUAUUGGCACAAGGAAACAACAACGAGGCGGUCAAUCAGCAGGCAGCUCCCACAAGCAAUGCUCAUCAACCAGGCCCCAAAUUAGGCGAACCCACAAAGGUUCCUAACCUACAGUCCAACAUGUUUAAAAUGCAAAGAAACCGAACCCUCAAAAAAUCCUAUGUCGACGUAUUCAAUCCAUCCGGCGCAGCACCAAGCCGACCGGUAGAACCUAUUUUGGCACCUACAUUGCCGACGAUUACAACACCUCAAGGUGGAUUUUUUGUCCCCGGGCCAGCUCCCAUGGGUGGACAACCUAGCGAAAAUCAACCAGAGGGAGGGCCUCAGUUCUACAAUCCAAACCAAUAUGCCGGUGCGUACCAGCAGUAAUCAACUGUUGGGUAAAAAUUGGAGUAACUACAGCAACACCGCCUCGAACUUCCGUUAAAACAUCAACUAGAAUGAGGCGAUUAUUAAAAAAAGGUUUUGUAAAAGAGCAAAGUGUAGUUGUGCAUCUGUAAUAUAAAUGUGUGUCGCUGUGGGAAUGCUGGAAGACUGUUAAGAGUGGAUGGAAUCAUUGUUUUGUACAUGUUUAAUUUGUUUGUGUAUAGCAAUAAAAAUGAAAAAAUCUUGCGAUAUAUUUGUUUAUAUUGUUUCAGCAACCAAAUUAUUUUUCAAUGUUACAAAAUACAUUCUUGUCAGGAUUAGCCAAUUGGUUGCUUUUAUGGUAUUUUAAAAAAAAACGAGCUACUAUUGAUCUAAUUUUAGUUGAGCAUUGGAACUGCCUUUCAGUAAUGUGCUCCUUUUUGUUAGGUAUUUUGUGAAAAGUUGUAUGUAUUAUUAUUUUCACGUUCAUUAUUUUCUUAUACAUAACAUAGGUAGGGAUAAAUCAGGAGUUAAGGUGCAGUAUGAUAUGGAUAGAAUAACAAAUCUUGAGAGGUACUUUGAAAAAGAUUUGCUCAGUUUGGUAGAGUUUUUGUGAUACAUAUUAUCAUUUCCUUUUUAUUAGAUUUUUAUUUUGGAUAUAUAUUUUAUACAUAUAACAUGCAACGAAAAAAUAUGUUUCAUUCUGAGCACUUAUUACACAUAAAAGACGUUAAAACGUAGAGGUUCAAUGACUCUAAAAUCAAAAGAGAAAACUAGGAACAAUAGAAUGAUAUCAAUUUUACUGUGGACAUCAAACUAUGGAAGAGAGCUUUGUUACAACACUUUCGAAAUGCGUUCCUUCAUUGUAUGCAGAUAUGUUUGAUAUAUUAGAUAAUUGAGAACUUAGAAUCAAUACGUUAUUACAACUAAGGAAUGAGAAAAACCACGCGCAUUGUAAAUUUCUUCAUUUAAAAAAAUCAAAUCAAGUUUAAAAUAAACAUAUUAUCAAAA